AUGAAUGCCACAUCAUCGAGAACAAGAAUCGUAGCCGUAAAACAUUUCCACUUUCAUUGUCGGUUCAAGGUUAUGGCAAACGAGAACUUGAAAGUGCUAAACGCACUUGACGUAGCCAAGACCCAAUGGUACCAUUUCACCGCCAUUGUAAUCGCUGGCAUGGGCUUCUUCACCGACGCAUACGAUCUCUUCUGCAUCUCCCUCGUCACCAAAUUACUCGGUCGGAUUUACUACCAUAACACCGGCGACAAAAACCCUGGCUCCCUACCACCUAACGUCUCAGCCGCAGUCAACGGUGUUGCCUUCUGUGGGACCCUCGCCGGCCAACUCUUUUUCGGUUGGCUAGGUGACAAAAUGGGCAGGAAAAAAGUUUACGGAAUGACCCUCAUGCUUAUGGUCAUCUGCUCCAUAGCGUCGGGCCUCUCCUUCAGCGACGAACCCACGGCGGUGAUGGCUACCCUCUGUUUCUUCCGGUUUUGGCUAGGGUUUGGGAUUGGUGGCGACUACCCACUCUCCGCCACUAUCAUGUCAGAAUAUGCAAAUAAGAAAACCCGUGGGGCUUUUAUUGCCGCCGUGUUUGCCAUGCAAGGGUUUGGAAUUUUGACCGGAGGGAUGGUGGCUUGUAUUGUCUCCGCCGCCUUCAAGUCGAGUUUUCCGGCGCCAGCAUAUGAGGAGGACGCGUUAGGAUCGACUGUACCACAAGCCGAUUACGUAUGGCGGAUAAUUCUAAUGUUCGGGUCGAUUCCGGCUUUGAUGACUUAUUACUGGCGGAUGAAGAUGCCGGAAACCGCCCGAUACACCGCCCUUGUCGCGAAAAAUGCAAAACAAGCGGCGGCUGACAUGUCAAGAGUGUUGCAAGUUGAUCUCGAAGCAGAGCCCGAGAAAAUACAAGAGAAAAGCCCGAACAGUUUCGGGCUUUUCUCGAAACAAUUCGCUAAACGACACGGGCUCCACUUACUCGGAACCACCACCACAUGGUUCUUACUUGAUAUCGCAUUUUAUAGCCAAAACCUAUUUCAAAAAGACAUUUUCACCGCGAUCGGGUGGAUCCCGGCUGCGAAAACCAUGAACGCAAUCCAAGAAGUUUUUAAAAUCUCGCGGGCCCAAACCCUAAUCGCACUGUGUAGCACGGUCCCCGGGUAUUGGUUCACGGUUGCGUUUAUUGAUCGAAUCGGGCGUUUCAAGAUCCAAUUGAUGGGGUUCUUCUUCAUGACCGUGUUCAUGUUUGCCCUCGCGAUUCCUUAUCAUCAUUGGACACAAAAAGAGAACCGAAUAGGGUUUGUUGUGAUGUAUGCAUUGACAUUUUUCUUUGCGAAUUUCGGGCCAAAUGCCACGACAUUUGUGGUCCCGGCCGAGAUAUUCCCGGCCCGGCUUCGGUCAACGUGCCACGGGAUAUCUGCGGCUUCGGGAAAGGCCGGGGCGAUAAUUGGGGCAUUCGGGUUCUUGUAUGCAGCUCAAAGUCAAGAUAAAACUAAGACCGAUAAAGGGUAUCCGCCCGGGAUUGGGGUUAAGAACUCGCUUAUUGUGCUCGGGGUGGUGAAUUGUCUCGGGAUGUUGUUUACGUUUUUGGUACCAGAAUCGAACGGGAAAUCUUUGGAAGAAAUGUCUAGGGAAAAUGAGGGUGAGGAUGAAGAGGUGACGGAAAUGGAAUCCGAGAGGACUCAUGAAAAUAGAAGCUUACCAAUUUAGACCAUCGGUUAUAAAUAGUUAAGACUUAGGUUAUAAAUAUUUAUAGUUUUUAGUAAGUUAAACGUAUAAAAAGAAGAGUUAUUAUGGAGUCCACGAGAUUUGGAAGAUGGUUUAUAUGUACCUAAUGUUCACGAGUAAUGAAGAUUACACUUUUAUUAUAUGUAAAUUAAUGAUGAGCAUUUUGUAAUACUAACUAAGGUCAUGUUUGGUAUAGA